UCCUGGUUGCUGCCUCUGUUGCUACCUCUGUUGCUGCCUGUCCGUUCCAUUCAGGAACAGUCGUGCGCCUAACUCCUCCGAAAGGACUGCACAACCAGGACCCAAAAUGUCGGAUCAAUCAGCUUUUGACACGGAUGUCUGGACCUUGACGCGCUUUGUCAUGGAGACUGGCCGCAAGGUCAAGGGGUCAACCGGCGAAUUGACACAGCUCAUCAACUCAUUGUUAACAGCCAUCAAAGCUAUCUCCUCCGCUGUGCGCAAGGCAGGUCUUGCUCAUCUACAGGGCAUGGCAGGGAAGGUGAACGUGACAGGGGAUGAUGUGAAAAAACUGGAUGUUCUGUCAAACGACCUGGUCAUCAAUAUGCUGCAGGCUUCCUUUGGCACCUGUGUCAUGGUGUCUGAGGAGAACAAAGAAAUCAUUAUCACUCCCAAAGACAAGCGGGGCAAAUAUGUUGUCUGUUUUGAUCCCCUGGACGGCUCCUCGAACAUAGACUGCUUAGCCUCCAUAGGCACCAUUUUUGCCAUUUACAAAAGGAUUUCUGAAGGAGAGCCCACAGUACAAGAUGCCCUACAGCCUGGCAAUGAGAUUGUGUGUGCAGGCUAUGCCCUGUACGGCAGCGCCACCCUGGUGGCACUCAGCCAUGGCGCUGGGCUUAACUUCUUCAUGCUGGACCCUGCGAUUGGUGAGUUCAUCUUGACAGAAAAGAACGUACAGAUGAAGAAGAAGGGAAAGGUCUACAGUCUGAAUGAGGGCUAUGCCAAGUACUUCCACCCAUCAAUCAACGAGUACCUGAAACAUAAGAAAUAUCCAGAGGAUGGUAGCGAACCUUAUGGUGCCAGGUAUGUAGGAUCGAUGGUGUCUGAUAUUCACCGCACCAUAGCCUAUGGUGGCAUCUUCAUGUACCCAGCCAAUGAGAAAAGUCCCAAAGGCAAGCUGAGGCUGCUUUACGAGUGCAACCCGGUUGCCUUCCUUAUCGAGCAGGCCGGGGGACUUGCCACCACAGGGACCCAGAGGAUACUGGACGUAAAGCCUGAAUCCAUCCACCAGCGCGUACCAUUUGUAGUGGGCUCAUCCGAUGACGUCAAUGAGUACAUUUCCUUUGUCAAGAAGUAUUCGUAAAGAUCAUUGUUUCUUUUUUAGUCUGGCCAAUGAUAUUACCCAAUGUGCCAAUGGUACUUUAUUGAAAUUGUCAAUUAAAUUCCAAAAAAGGUGA